AGAAGACAUAUAUUCACCACAAACAGAGCGAGAGUCGUGUAAUGUACAGCCACCGCCGUGCAGACCAACCACUAGCAGAGCUACUAGUAGUUCAACAAAAGAACCCGAAGACGGCUACACCGGUACUUGGACGCGCACAUCUCCGUGCACUACAAGUUCGGCUUCGGCUACAUUUAAUUCCUCACAGACCAAACCCGAUGGAUGCCCGUCCAUGGGUCAACAAGCCAAUUGUGAAUUGGCAAGGCCAAGCAUUUAUCGGCUCCCCACUGUCAGACACGAUGAUUGGAGGGUAUGAAGACAAGCACGACAAGCAUUUCCACACUUUCCCAACACGGCAUUCUUUAGCGCUGCCCCGUGGAGUCCCGGAUAUAACGAUGGGCAAAACUGUGGAGGAGGAAUGGGAAAGUGUGGGGUUGUUUACCAGAAGUUGUCCCGGGACAGGGCCUGUGUCACAAUAUGAGCAUUUCUUUGUCGAUUUGUUUUAAAGGGUAGCUUUACAGAAUUGUUGAUGACUAGGGAUUCGUCGAUGAUAUAUAGCGGUGUCUAUGUAACGGGGUACAAUGAACAUGAUGACUGCUCGGUAUACCGACGAAGCUCGCGGGAACUGACUCCCUGUUGUGGUAACCGAGAUGUCGGUGACUCGCCGAUGUCAAAGCCAUUUUUAGGCUCCUCUAUCGGCCGGCAACAAAGCCGUC